GUCGAAUAAAACGAGCCACCGCCGGCCGACCGUCGUUCAGUCGAUACCGACCAACCGCCGCGGUUAUUGUAUUUUUGGAUCGAUUAAAAUAGGACAACGCCACCGUUUCCGUCCGCAGACAUGGAUACGUCGCUGCUAUGGUUAACAGUCUUGGGCUGUACAAUGUGCAUGGCCAGUUCAGAAGGGCCACCGUCUUCGACUCCCGAAGUUUCUGGUUUUCGGAUGAUGUUUAAUGCGUACAGACAGUGUUCGGACCAACCGGAAAUGGUUGUGUGCUUGAAGAGUCGGGCACUCCGGAUGCUGGACAGAGCCAUUCAUAUGGAAAACAUUCAAAUAACUGACGGUAUAUCACUGGUGAAAAAAUCUGAAAACAACGGCAGAUCGUUAGAAGUAGACAACAGCGAAGUAGCUGAAAACGUGAUCCCUGAGAACUCAGCCGAUUUCGGUAAACAUGUGGAUUCGAUGUUGUAUGAAAAAUUGUCCAGGUUCGCCAGGUCAAGAUCGCUCCAGCUGUCCAUGCCACAGAUGUUCGAAGAAGGCAGGGACCUCGAUGAUGGUGUGUACUUAACUGGUCGCAAGAAGAAAAAGGACAAGGGCGGCCAAGUGUAUCUGAUGAUGCUCAAAGGCGGUCUGCUGGCCAUGGCGUACAAAGGCCUGGCGUUGUUGGCCGGCAAGGCUCUGUUGGUGAGCAAGAUCGCACUGACGUUGGCCAUUCUGGUGGCGUUCAAGAAGCUGUUCAGCGGCGGCGGUCACGGUGGAUCGUCCAAGACGACGUACGAGAUCGUCAAGCAGCCGGUGAUGACGCACUCGCACCAGUACGCCGCGCCCGGUGCCGCCGACACGUUCGGCAGCUACGACAACAGCGGACCGUACGCGCGAAGCAUCGCCCAACCGGACGUCGUGCCUUACCCGCAGCUCGCCGCGUACAGGGCUCACGUCAGGGGCGUGAGUGGCGGUCCAGCGAUGAUGUCGUCCGCAGCUUCGUCACAGUCGUCCGCCGUGCAACACGAUUCCGGUCCCAGAGACGAAGCGCUCUGAACGCGCCCGGCUCGUUUCCCGACCGACCGAUCCCGUCGGGUCUCAGCAGCCGUAGCUGACCCCACCGCAGCCACCAACUAUAUUAUAUAACUUCAUCGCAUGAACCAAGAUAUUAUUAUAUAUUAUUUUCGGUCUCCCGGGAACCCGUCUAAGACUUCGUAAUUGAAUAAAGCUAUAUACAUUAUAAUAUCAUCAUAUCAUUAUAAACUAUUUAUUUAUUUAUUUUAUUAUCGCCUUUUUUAUACAUAUAUAUAUAUAUAUUUAUAUAUUAAAUACAUAGUAUAAUAAGCGUAUAAUAUAUUAUAUUUUUAUUAUUACUGCAGCUCUACCGCGUUCUCCGAUCGCAAUUAUUAUUAUUAUUAUUAUUAUUAUUAUUAUUAUUAUGAAUAACUGAUUGUGCUCAAUGUUGUGUCGUACAAUAUUUUUUAUAUUUUAUUUAAGAUUAAGAAUAAUAAAAAAAAAAAUAAUAAUUAUAAAACCAA